AAGACUCCUGUCGCUACAACUGUGGGAACCACCUAGGAAGAUGUUCCUGUGACUACUCCUGUGAAUCCUAUGGCAACUGUUGCGAUGACUACUACUAUCAAUGUAUAUCCCCUACAGCAGACCCACCCUUUCAUACACCAGAUGUUACUACAGCUCAAGAAUCCUGUCGCCACAACUGUGGCUACAACCUGGGAAGCUGUUCCUGCGAGUAUUACUGUCAGUCAUAUGGCAACUGUUGCUAUGACUACAACUCUCAGUGUCCAUACACUGCAAUUACAGAAGAGGUUAUUACAGCUCAAGAAUCCUGUCGCUACAACUGUGGGAACCACCUGGGAAGCUGUUCUUGUGACUACUCCUGUCAAUACUACGGCAACUGUUGCUAUGACUACUACUCUCAGUGUUACGAUACAAGUGCAACAGAUGUUCCUACAGUUAAUAACUGUGGUUGGUGGCUGUACUCUACUGAGGGGAAUAUUACCAGCCCCAACUACCCACAACAGUAUCCUAACAACAUGGAUUGUGUGUGGGUCAUCAGUCCAGGCUCUGAAGUUAUAGAACUGGAGUUCCUCCAUGUUGAAUUAGAGGGGUCAGACUGCAGAUAUGAUGGCAUCCAGGUCUAUGAUGGCCCCAGUAUUAACCAAAGGCAGCUUGGCAGAUUGUGUGGUAAUCAGAGGUCUACUUUCCACUCCACUGGUAAGACUCUGACCGUACGCUUCACCACUGACAGUAGCCAGACAUACCAAGGAUUUCGGGCCGAAUACAGAGUUGCGGCGGACGGUUCCUGCAGAUAUAACUGUGGCUAUUUGGUCGGAAACUGUUCCUGCGACUACUCCUGUGAAUCCUAUGGCAACUGUUGCUAUGACUUCUUAUCUCAGUGUGUAGGCACUACAGCAUACCCACCAGAGGCUACUACAGCUCAAGAAUCCUGUCGCUACAACUGUGGGUACCACCUGGGAAGCUGUUCUUGCGACUACUCCUGUCAAUACGACGACAACUGUUGCUAUGACUACUACUCUCAGUGUUACAAUACAGCAUCACCAGAUGUUACUACAGUUAAUAACUGUGGUGGGUGGCUGUACUCUACUGAGGGGUAUAUUACCAGCCCCAACUACCCACAACAGUAUCCUAACAACAUGGAUUGUGUGUGGGUCAUCAGUCCAGGCUCUGAAGUUAUAGAACUGGAGUUCCUCCAUGUUGAAUUAGAGGGGUCAGACUGCAGAUAUGAUGGCAUCCAGGUCUAUGAUGGCCCCAGUAUUAACCAAAGGCAGCUUGGCAGAUUGUGUGGUAAUCAGAGGUCUACUUUCCACUCCACUGGUAAGAAUCUGACCGUACGCUUCACCACUGACUUCAGCCAGACAUACCAAGGAUUUCGGGCCGAAUACAGAGUUGUGGCGGACGGUUCCUGCAGAUAUAACUGUGGCUACUUGGUCGGAAACUGUUCCUGCGAAUACCCCUGUGAAUCCUAUGGCAACUGUUGCUAUGACUACUUAUCUCAGUGUGUAGGCACUACAGCAUACCCACCAGAGGUUACUACAGCUCAAGAAUCCUGUCUCUACAACUGUGGGAACCACCUGGGAAGCUGUUCUUGCGACGUCUCCUGUCAAUACGACGGCAACUGUUGCUAUGACUACUACUCUCAGUGUUACAAUACAGCAUCACCAGAUGUUACUACAGUUAAUAACUGUGGUGGGUGGCUGUACUCUACUGAGGGGUAUAUUACCAGCCCCAACUACCCACAACAGUAUCCUAACAACAUGGAUUGUGUGUGGGUCAUCAGUCCAGGCUCUGAAGUUAUAGAACUGGAGUUCCUCCAUGUUGAAUUAGAGGGGUCAGACUGCAGAUAUGAUGGCAUCCAGGUCUAUGAUGGCCCCAGUAUUAACCAAAGGCAGCUUGGCAGAUUGUGUGGUAAUCAGAGGUCUACUUUCCACUCCACUGGUAAGAAUCUGACCGUACGCUUCACCACUGACUUCAGCCAGACAUACCAAGGAUUUCGGGCCGAAUACAGAGUUGUGGCGGACGGUUCCUGCAGAUAUAACUGUGGCUACUUGGUCGGAAACUGUUCCUGCGAAUACCCCUGUGAAUCCUAUGGCAACUGUUGCUAUGACUACUUAUCUCAGUGUGUAGGCACUACAGCAUACCCACCAGAGGUUACUACAGCUCAAGAAUCCUGUCUCUACAACUGUGGGAACCACCUGGGAAGCUGUUCUUGCGACGUCUCCUGUCAAUACGACGGCAACUGUUGCUAUGACUACUACUCUCAGUGUUACAAUAGAGCAUCACCAGAUGUUACAGGUCCACCUUGCGGAGGCUCUCUAUCCAUCUCUGGGUCGUUCUCCAGCCCGGGCUACCCUGGCAACUACCACGACAACAGCCACUGCGUGUGGCAGCUGAGAGCAUCGAAUGACCAUAAGAUAUACCUGUCAUUCACUGACCUCCAGUUGGAGGACUGCUGUUCCUGUGACUACGUAGCCGUCUAUGAUGGACCCAGCGUGAACUCGCGACCUUUGGGGACAUUGUGCAACAACACGUUGAACUUCUUCCAGUCCUCCUCCACGUACCUCACUGUUCUCUUCCGGACGGACGGCUCAGGGACCGGCCGAGGGUUCAACGCCGAAUUCAAAAGCUCUCUUCCACCAGGCGCAGGUCGAGUGGAGUGUUCUUCAGACAACAUGAACAUUGUGAUUGAGAAGUCCUACCUCGAAUCUCUGGGCUACGAUGGCCACAGUCUGUACUUGAAUGACCAGUACUGCAGACCCCAAAUCUCUGCAUUCCAAGUGAUCUUCAGUUUCCCGAUGAAUACUUGUGGCACAGAACAAAAGUUUGAGAGUGGCAGAAUCGUAUAUACGAAUGCGGUGCGCGCCUUUGAGUCCGACUACGGUCUGAUCACGCGUCAGUCCUCCCUCAAGUUGAACGUGGACUGUCACAUGGAGCCAGACACCACAGUCCAGAACCUGUAUAUCGCCCGGGCCGGGGUAAAUGACAGUAUCACGGGCAUGGGCAGAUUCAACGGGACCAUGGCCUUCUACACCUCCAGAAGUUUUACAUAUAUGGUGACCCAGGUUCCAUACAUGGUGACCCUGAACCAGGCCAUGUACGUCCAGGUGAACCUGAGGAGGGACGACAAAGGCCUGGUUCUCUUCCUUGACACGUGUGUGGCUUCGCCCUCGCCCCACGACUUUCAGAACAACACUUACGACCUUGUCCGCAACGGAUGCGGCGUAGACAGCACCUACCAGGCCUACGACUCGGGCACCAAGAGCUACGCCCGCUUCACCUUCAGGGCCUUCCAGUUCCUGCGGACCCACGAGUCGGUGUACCUGCAGUGCAAGGUGGUGGUCUGCCCCGCCUCCUCCUCCAACUCCCGCUGCCGCCGGGGAUGCAGCAGGCGUAAGGCCCGGGCGCUCAGGGCCUCCGAGGACAGCCACACCCUGGUCCUGGGGCCGCUCACGCUGCAAGACCUGGGGAGCCAGGGUGAAGCGAGUGUGAAGGAGGAGGUGGCGCCCGAGAAGACCAUUGAUAUUUGAUUAAUCAUGGGUUUUCAGCCAGUUUCUAAUCAAUUGUACUUCUGCUCUUUGUGUUGUGUUAUCUGCUGUACGGCCAACACUGUUAAGACUCUCCUUUCGUCUUCAUUCCGAUUAAAAGCAUAUCU